GGCGGCGGCGGCGGCGGGGGGGCCCGGGGCGCGCAAGCUGCCCACCUUCCUGGGCGUCGUCGUGCCCACCCUGCUGUCCAUGUUCAGCGUGGUGCUCUUCCUGCGCCUGGGAUUUGUGGUGGGCCAGGCUGGAUUGUAUCAGUCUCUGGGCAUGUUCCUGGUGGCCUAUUUCAUCAUCGGCAUGACGGUCCUCUCGGUGUGUGCCAUCUCUACCAACGGGGCCUUGGAUGCUGGCGGUGCUUAUUACAUGAUCAGCCGGGCCCUGGGACCCGAGUUCGGGGGCAGCAUCGGGAUCAUGUUCUUCUUGGCCAACGUUUGCGGCAGUGCCCUCUACACCCUGGGGCUGGUGGAAGCCGUCGUGGAUGACUUCGGAGUCCCGGAAGAGGGCAACAUGGGUAGCGGCGUCCACGUCCUGCAGAGAGGAUACUGGUUCGAGCUGCUGUACGGGACGGUUCUGCUCCUCCUCUGCCUCCUCGUAUGCCUGGUGGGCGCCGGCAUCUACGCCAAGGCCACCUUCCUCAUCUUCGUCAUCGUCAUGGGCGUCCUGGGCACCGUCGUCCUCAGUUUCUUCGUGGUGGGUCCUCACACGGUGCAACUGCCGGGUGGCGGCGGUAACGGCACGGGCCUCGGCAACGCCUCCUUCACCGGCUUCAGCCUCCACACCCUUCGGUCCAACCUCGCAGCCGGCUACAGCGUGGAUUACACCACUGGGCGCCUGAUGAGCUUCAGCACCGUCUUUGCCGUCAUGUUCAACGGCUGCACGGGCAUCAUGGCCGGCUCCAAUAUGUCUGGGGACCUGAAGCGGCCAAGCUACUCCAUCCCCCGGGGAACCAUCAUCGCUGUCAUCUUCACCUACGUCAUCUACAAUUUGAUGGCCGUCCUGUUGAGCUGCACCUGUGACAGGCUCCUCCUCCAGCGAGACUACGGCUUCCUGAAGGACAUCAACAUCUGGUCCCCCUUGGUCACCAUUGGCAUCUACUGCUCCACCCUGUCGGCGGCCAUGAGCAACCUCAUUGGCGCUUCUCGGAUCCUCUACGCUUUGGCCAAGGAUGACCUCUUCGGCAAAGCUCUAGUCCCUGCAAAGAAGACCUCCUCUGGCGGAAACCCGUGGGUAGCUGUGGUGAUGUCCUGGCUACUGGUGCAGCUGGUGCUGUUCUCCGGGAAGCUGAACACCAUCGCCGCCAUUGUGACCAUCUUCUUCCUCUUGGUGUACGCCACUGUGGAUUUGGCCUGCCUGGCGCUGGAAUGGGCGUCCGCUCCAAACUUCAGGCCCACCUUCCGGUACUUCACCUGGCACACCUGUGUGUUGGGCAUCGCGGGCUGCACGGUCAUGGUCUUCCUCAUCAGCCCCAUCUACGCCUCGGCCAGCAUCGCCUUCAUGAUCGUCCUCCUCCUGGCCCUCCAUUACCUCUCGCCCAGCAGCAGCUGGGGCUACAUCAGCCAGGCGCUCAUUUUUCACCAGGUCCGCAAAUACCUGCUGAUGCUGGACGUCCGCAAAGAGCACGUCAAGUUCUGGCGCCCGCAAGUGCUGCUGAUGGUGCGGAACCCCCGGACUUCUCUGCAACUCAUCAGCUUCAUUAAUGACCUGAAGAAGAGCGGCUUGUACGUGCUCGGUCAUGUGGAGCUGAAUGAUUUAGGCUCCCUGCCCGCGGAUCCCCUGCCAGCCCAGUACGACUCGUGGCUGCAACUCGUGGACAGGCUGAACAUCAAGGCGUUCGUCAACUUGACCCUGUCCGACUCUGUCCGGCACGGCACACAACAGCUGCUCUUCAUCUCCGGCCUGGGUGGCAUGAGGCCCAACACCAUAGCGCUGGGUUUCUAUGACAACAGGCCAUCGCAGGACUGCCUGUCCCAACACCCCGCCUUUAGCAACAGUGAGGCGACGGCGUGGCUCAAUUUCCCGCCCGUGUGGGACUCGGCGAGCCGCAAGCCCCUGUCCGCUUGCGAGUACGUGGCCGUCGUUGCGGACGCUGUGAAGAUGCAACGCAACGUGCUGCUGGCGCGCUCCUUCGACGACCUGAAGCUGCCCCAGGAGCUGGGGUGGCGGGCGCAGCCCCUCAUCGACGUCUGGCCCAUCAACCUGCUGCGGCCGGACAGCGGCCGCUACGUGGACACCUGCAGCCUCUUCCUGCUGCAGAUGGCCUGCGUCCUGGCCAUGACGCGGGCCUGGCGCCGGGCCCGCCUGCGGCUCUUCCUCUGCGUGGAGAGCGGCACCCGCCCCCGCAGCCAGGAGGACAAGCUGCGGCAGCUCCUGAAAGACCUGCGCAUCCUGGCGGACAUCCACACAGUGCCAUGGGACAACGUGGUGGCCCUCCACUGGCACAGCCGGAAGGAGGCGGCGAGCGAUACCGCCGUCAACUUCCCCGGCAACGUCGCUUGCGUCUCGGAUGACUACCUGAGGGCGGUCAACCAGCUCGUCCUCCAGCAAAGCUCGGCCCCCACCGUCCGCUUUCUCUAUCUUCCCCGGCCCCCUGCGGACACCAGCCUGUACCUGCAGUACUUGGAACAAUUGGAGGUGCUCACCUGUGGACUGGGCCCCACCCUCUUGGUGCACGGCGUGAGUGCAGUCACCAGCACAGAGCUGUAG